CAACGGGGCGGAGCUUCCUCAUCGGUGCGCUCAGCGUUCGGCUAGUGCUGCCUCGCCCCGGCGACCAUCCAGCGGGAGGCGGAGCGAGUCCAAAAUGGCGGCUCUCAGGCUGGCGCGCUCCGUGCUGCCGAGGCUUUGAGGUGGUCGCCAGGGGUCCGGGGGAACGUUUUCCCCGCCGCAGGGGCCCUGGAGGAUGAAUCGGGGGCUCUGCUAAGGUUAGGCGGUGGCGGUGGAGAGAAGUGGCAGCAAGUGCUGCGGUGGAGUCCACGGAGCGGGAUGUGCGAGAGUUACUCCAGGUCGUUGUUGAGGGUCUCGGUGGCGCAGAUCUGCCAGGCGCUGGGCUGGGACUCCGUGCAACUCAGCGCCUGCCACCUCCUCACGGACGUCCUGCAGCGCUACCUGCAGCAGUUGGGACGGGGCUGCCACCGGUACUCCGAGCUCUAUGGCCGAACAGACCCAAUUUUGGAUGAUGUUGGUGAAGCUUUCCAACUUAUGGGGGUUAGUCUUAAUGAACUAGAAGACUAUAUUCACAAUAUUGAACCCGUUACUUUCCCACAUCAAAUUCCUUCGUUUCCUGUUAGUAAGAACAAUGUACUCCAGUUUCCUCAACCUGGAAGUAAAGAUGCAGAGGAAAGAAAAGAAUACAUUCCUGAUUACAUGCCACCCAUUGUGUCUUCUCAAGAAGAAGAAGAAGAAGAGCAGGUGCCCACUGAUGGGGGAACAUCAGCAGAAGCCAUGCAAGUUCCCUUGGAAGAAGACGAUGAACUGGAGGAGGAGGAAAUUAUUAAUGAUGAGAAUUUCUUGGGUAAGAGGCCGUUAGAUGGCCCUGAAGUUGAAGAAAUGCCUGCCACGAAGCGACCACGACAAAUAAGCGCUAAAGGAGACACCCUGGAUGUAGCAUUAUUGGAAGCUCGAGAACCACUCAGCUCAACCCAUACCCAAAAAAUUCCACCGAUGCUUUCUCCAGUCCCUGUACAGGACAGCGCAGACCUCGCUCUCACGCCAGAGCCACCCAUGUGAGUUCCAGUUGCAAAAUCACAAAUGCCAACCACAAAACCCUUAGAAACAAAGUCAUAUACACCCAAAACAAAGACUAAAACUAGUUCUCCAGGACAGAAGACUAAAUCACCUAAAAUGACUCAGUCACCAGCAAUGGUCGGAAGUCCUAUUAGGUCACCAAAAACUGUACCCAAAGAAAAGAAAUCUCCUGGACGUUCUAAGAGCCCCAAAAGCCCCAAGAGUCCUAAGGUUAUAACCAAUAUUCCCCAAGCACCAGUCAGACCUGAAACACCAAAUAGGACUCCUUCAGCUACAAUAUGUGAAAAAAUUAGUAAAGAGACCCUUCAGGUAAAACAAAUACAAACACCCCCUGAGGCUGGGAAGCUGAACAAUGAGAAUCUGCCAAGAAAAGCUGUUGUGAUCGACAAAACAAUUGAUGACUCUAUUGAUGCUGUGAUUGCACGAGCUUGUGCUGAACGAGAGCCAGAUCCUUUUGAGUUUUCUUCUGGAUCAGAAUCAGAAGGAGACAUUUUUACCAGCCCUAAGCGAAUUUCAAGUUCAGAAUGUACAACUCCAAAAGCUUCAACUUCCUUGAAUAAUUUCACUAAGUUAGGGUCCACUCCUCUGCCUCUUUCAGGUGGAACAUCAAGUUCUGAUAAUUCCUGGACAAUGGAUGCCUCCAUCGAUGAAGUUGUACGGAAAGCAAAAAUGGGAACAGCUUCCAAUGUGCCCCCCAGCUUUCCUUACCUCUCCUCUCCCUCAGUCUCUCCUCCCACACCCGAACCUCUGCACAAGCUGUAUGAGGAGAAAACCAAAUUGCCUUCCUCAGUGGACAUCAAAAAGAAGUUGAAAAAGGAACUGAGGACGAAAAUGAAAAAGAAAGAGAAGCAGAGAGAUAGGGAACGGGAAAGAGACAAAAGCAAGGACAAGAGUAAAGAGAAGGAUAAAGUUAAAGACAAAGAGAAAGAAAAGGAGGCAAAUAAGGAAGCCAAGUAUCCAUGGAAGGAAUUCCUGAAAGAUGAAGAAUCAGAUCCCUAUAAGUUUAAAAUAAAAGAAUUUGAAGAGGUUGAUUCCAAAGUGAGAUUGAAAGAUGGACUUGUGAGAAAGGAGAAAGAAAAGCAUAAAGAUAAGAAGAAAGAUAGAGAAAAGGGCAAAAAAGAUAAAGAUAAGCGAGACAAAGACAAAGUUAAAGAUAAAGGUCGUGAAGAGAAAGUGAAAGUGGCACCAGCCCCCCUGGUACUGCCGCCCAAGGACAUGGCUCUGCCCUUGUUCAGCCCCACGGGGGCCGUGAGGAUCCCAGCCAUGCUGCCCUCUUUGUCACCCAUGCUUCCUGAAAAAUUGUUUGAAGAAAAAGAGAAGCCUAAGGAGAAAGAAAGAAAAAGGGACAAAAAGGAGAAGAAGAAAAAGAAAGAGAAAGAGAAGGAAAAGGAGAAGAAAGAGAAGGAAAGGGAAAAAGAGAAGAGAGAGAGAGAGAAGAGAGAAAAAGAAAAGGAGAAACACAAGCAUGAAAAAAUAAAAGUGGAGCCAGUUGUCCCAGCCCCAAGUCCAGUCAUCCCCAGAUUGACUCUCCGAGUUGGUGCAGGCCAAGACAAGAUUGUCAUCAGCAAAGUGGUUCCAGCCCCCGAGGCUAAGCCAGCUCCUUCUCUGAAUAGACCCAAGACCCCACCACCAGUGUCAGUCCCAGCCACUGUGCCAGUGCAUGUCACUCCUGCCCCAGUGCCUUUGCCACUCCUUGCACAGUCCACCUCGUCCCCCGCUUUGAUGCCAUCCCCGUCCCCUGCCAUCUCUGGAGCCGGAAGUUCAAAAGCCCCUGUCCGGAGUGUGGUAACGGAGACCGUCAGCACUUAUGUGAUCCGAGAUGAGUGGGGCAAUCAGAUCUGGAUCUGCCCUGGAUGCAACAAGCCUGAUGAUGGGAGUCCCAUGAUCGGCUGUGAUGGCUGCGAUGACUGGUACCACUGGCCCUGUGUUGGAUUAAUGGCUGCACCACCAGAAGAAAUGCAGUGGUUCUGUUCCAAGUGUGCCAACAAGAAGAAGGAUAAGAAGCACAAAAAGAGAAAGCAUCGGGCACAUUGACAUCUGCAGCACGGACCAGUGGCGUGGCCUCGGGGCUCCUUUCCUACCACUUCAGAUGGGGAUCCAUGAAACUCUGCUGUCCCAUCUACCGCUAAGUUCCUGUGGAUGAGGAAUCUCGGGAGACCGAGGACAAGAGAACUACAGCGUCCACUCUGGAUGCUUCCCUCUGGAACAUACUGGCCUGUGGCCACAUAAUGGUGUGACGGAAGGAGACUCCAGUACAGGUGUGGCACGAGGACUGCCGGGCCUUCAUUUUUCUAUUACCAGUGACAAGUAUUAAUAAAAAGACCAUAAUCUUCCCUUCUGAUUUUCUUUAUUCUCUCCAGGGCCUUUUCAUGAAGGUAUUAGAUGACAAGAUGAUGUGUAAACCACCUUGGCUGUAAUUUAAGGAUGAUAUCAUUAGGCUGUAUACAGUUUUCAACUUCUUUCCCUCUAUAGUAAGAUAAUCAUAAUAACAUAAACGAAAACUCCAGUUGGAGUAUUGGUAAAUAUUUUUGUGAUAAAAGUUUAUGAAGCUUCCCCUCCUCCCAUUUUUAGUAUUAACAUGUAAAAUGUUCAGGCUUUUGUGAAAUACCUUAUAUUUUUUAAGAAAAAGGUUUCUAUCAUGUCCUUUUUGCUCUCAUGCAAAUUAUUUUUGUUAACUCACACUUUCUGUCUUUGUUGCAUUCUAACUUUGCGCUUCUUUAAACUGCUGGUGUUCUUCUCACUGCUUAUACAUUUCAUCAGCUUGUAUAAAAACUCCUCAGACUAGAAGAUCUCCUCUUGUGUAAAUAAUAAAUAUUUAUGAAGUAGUUAUUUUUAAAAUUUUUAUCGUGUUUAAUUCUGGCUUUCUCUGUAAUCCACUGUGAUUUCAGCCAUGUCUGUAAUUACUGCUGUACAUAAGUAAAGAAGGCUAGAAAACAGAGCCAUAGUUGGAAGUUACCUACCUUGAGCUGAACCUGCACAGUGCCCACAACACGGUGGGAAAGGGCCCUAGCAGUUAGAAGGAAAGCACGGCAAUUUAGACUUGCAGUUCAUUAUUUGAAAUUGGUUUGUUUCUGUAAAUUUCUUUGACUUUUAUUAAAGGACAUGUAGAUUCCUCAAAAGUAAAAAAAACAACAACAAAACAUUCUGUAGCAUUUUGUGUUUAUAUUGUUUUAUUUCUGCAAAUCUGUUCAUUAAUAUUGUGAUUUAAGGCUGUAAUGAAGAAUAUUAAGAAUUUUUAAAAAAACUCAUCAAAUUUCAGGGUAUCACAAAACUUUAUUAUAUUACUAUACUGCCCACUAUUUAUUAUAUGUUAUAGAUAUCAGAUAUAAACCAAAUAUUUUAUUUUUAAUGUAAAACAUCAAAUUUUAUUAACAUAUUUUAGCAACUUUGGAAUAAAUAUGGACUUUUACUUGAUUUUGAAAUAAUCCCAAUUUGGGCCAGUGUAAUGGAUAUCUUAAAUGCUAGAGUAUGGGCAUUGAGCCUAAUUCAAAUAUAUUAAUAGAAAUUGUGAUUUUUUUAAUGCCAAGUAAAUUGAUAUUAGUGUAUGAAUUAGUCAUAUUUUAAGACCUAUUAUGUGGUUAGAGAAAUGAGGUUUUCUGCCAUGAAUGUUAAAUUGCAAGUCAGUGGAAAUGGAGUAGCCCUUUUAAGAGUACAGUAUUUCAUUGCCGUCCUUGUUCUAGAAGCCAACUUUUUCUACCCCUACCAGAAAAACAAAGCAUCUAUGUUAAGAUACAUGUUUUUGUUUUAUUAAUUUGAGAUCAUUCUAAAUACUUGAUACAAUAUUUUCACAUGCACAAAUAUACCCGUUAGUGCUUUUUGGAAAGUGAAGAGGGGUGGGGAAGUGCAAAAUAAAGAUUAUUGGCUAUUUCA